GUGUGCAACAUAGUGGCAGGCCAGCGCUGCAUAAAGAAACUAACCGAUAUGCAAACCUCUACCAUGAUAAAGGCAACCGCAAGAUCAGCUCCUGAUAGGGAAAGAGAGAUUAAUAAUUUGAUCAAUAAAGCCAAUUUUAACAGUGAUCCAUUUGUGCAAGAAUUUGGAAUAACAAUCAGUAAUCAGAUGACAGAAAUACAAGGAAGAGUAUUGCCGCCUCCUAAACUGCAGUACGGUGGAAGAGUCAGUACUAAAUUCACAGCUGUUCCUAAUCAAGGUGUAUGGGAUAUGAGAGGUAAACAGUUCCACACCGGAAUUGAAAUCCGUGUGUGGGCGAUAGCCUGCUUUGCACCUCAAAGGUCAUGCAGAGAAGAUGCACUGAGGAAUUUUACUGUACAGUUACAAAAGAUUUCUAAUGAUGCUGGCAUGCCAAUUCUCGGCCAGCCAUGUUUUUGUAAAUAUGCUACUGGAGCUGAUCAAGUCGAGCCAAUGUUUCGUUACCUUAAGACUACGUUCCAAGGUCUGCAGUUGAUUGUUGUUGUGUUGCCUGGAAAAACACCUGUAUAUGCCGAAGUCAAAAGAGUUGGUGAUACUGUUCUUGGAAUAGCAACCCAGUGUGUUCAAGUAAAGAAUGUUAACAAGACUUCACCACAAACACUGUCUAAUCUCUGUCUUAAAAUCAAUGUCAAAUUAGGUGGUGUCAACAGUAUUCUAGUUCCUAGUCUUCGACCAUCAAUAUUUUUAGAACCAGUAAUAUUUAUUGGUGCUGAUGUCACGCACCCACCUGCUGGGGAUAUGAAGAAACCAUCGAUAGCUGCCGUUGUUGCUAGUAUGGAUGCUCAUCCAAGUCGUUACGCUGCGUCUGUACGUGUACAAAGUCAUCGCCAAGAACUGAUAGAAGAGUUGUCACACAUGGUGCGAGAAUUACUGGUACAGUUCUAUAAAUCUACAAGAUUCAAACCGACUAGAAUUAUCAUGUACAGAGAUGGUGUGAGUGAAGGACAAUUUGCACAGGUAUUGUCACAUGAAUUACGUGCACUCCGUGAAGCCUGUAUGAAGUUGGAAGUGGGAUAUCAGCCUGGUAUUACUUUUAUAGUGGUUCAGAAGAGACAUCACACAAGACUUUUUUGUUCUGACAAAAAGGAACAGAUUGGUAAAAGUGGUAAUAUUCCUGCUGGUACUAUAGUUGAUAAUGGUAUUACACAUCCAACUGAGUUUGAUUUCUAUCUAUGCAGUCAUGCUGGCAUACAGGGCACGAGUCGUCCAUCUCAUUACCAUGUGCUAUGGGAUGACAAUCACUUCACGGCUGACAAUUUACAGUGUUUGACCUAUCAGUUGUGCCAUACAUAUGUGCGAUGUACACGUAGUGUAUCAAUUCCUGCACCUGCAUACUAUGCCCAUUUGGUGGCAUUUCGAGCUAGGUAUCAUUUGGUAGAGAAGGACCAUGACAGGUAA